AUGCGUACCUCGCGUACACAGUCGAGUGGCGUUUAUAUCGCUCGCUGGCCUCUUUCCCUGGGUGCAAAGUCGGCAGGGAAGAACAUUUCAAGUACGAAGACAACCGCUGUUAUCCAUAACCUGAGCGGCCCCGGAGGGAAGUCCGGAGAUGCGGCCUGUAGUAUACAAGCUCAGGAGGUUACGGAAACUGAGGAAUAUGCAUGGCAAUACAGCCUCGCGCAAGCUGCCGCUGACGCCUUCUUCGUUGGUCUGCCAGCUUCCAAAAUUCAACUGCAAUGCGCUGGCCCCAUACCUAAAACAGGAGCAGCCCCCCCUGCUGCAGCAGGCACAGGCAUUUACCGGUCCUGGACGGCUGCAACUGUAAGGGCCAAAGAGGCUGCAGUGGUAUUAGCUCCGACUGGCCUGUGUGUGUCUCGCCGUCCACUAACCAGCAGCAGCAGGAUACGAGGGCCGACUCAGGGUGAUUCACCAGCAGCAGCCGUGCGUGCUACUGUAGAGGCCCUGCAAGAUCAGCUUUCAGUGACGGCAGCAGAGAAGCAGAAACAUUUACAGCGCAUCAAACAGGAAUGUGGGGCUGUGCAAAUCGGGAUAGUAACUCCCCAGAACGUAACUGGGGGAAUGCGAGGCUUGACCGCUCUCUUGACCGAGACCUCCGUUCUAGACCCUGAGACAGGGUUGAAGCUGCACGGCGUUCAAAUGCAGCAGCUCCUCCAAAAGGAACUCCCCAAGAUCGACCCUGGCCACGAGUAUCCCUCAGUGGAGGCUUUGCUGUGGUUCCUGCUGACGUCAAAGGUCCCUACGGCGGCGCAGGUGGCUCUUCUGCAGCGUUGCCUGUAUGAGAUGAGCGUCUCCGCUGCGGCGUCUGUGUCGAAGGCGGGUGUUCCCUGCGAAGGCCCCACCACCCUCGAGUCGUAUACGGAAGAACGCUUCCUGAGGGUUCCUACCGUAGUAUCUGCCCUGCUGGAUGCCCUCCCAGCUACUGGCCAUCCCAUGGCAGCAUUUGCAGCAGCUGCCGCUGCGCAGUCCGAUUUCUCCUUCUUUAGAGCCACGACAGAAAGUGGCACUGUGGCGAAAAAAGACCUGUGGAAGCCUGCCCUCGUAGAUGCCCUUGCUCUAGUUGCACGGGCGGCCGUGACAGCCGCACAUAUCUACCGAAGAAAAUUUGCGGAUGGCCACGUGUUUCCUCCGGACCCCAACCUGGACUUUGCUGCCAACUUCGCACGAAUGCUAGGCUUUUCUGGGGAGAAGCCGGAGGAACUGAUGAGACUGUACUUGCUUCUGCAUGCAGAUCAUGAAGGAGGAAACGUCUCCGCUCACGCCGCCCAUCUCGUUGGCUCUGCGCUCGCUGAUCCCUUCUCUGCUCUGGCUGCUGGCAUGGCAGGCCUGGGGGGCCCCCUUCAUGGACUAGCGAACCAAAAGUGUUUGGCCUGGCUCCGGUCAGUGCAGCAGCGGUUGGAGGGGUCGCCACCCACGAAAGAAAAGAUCAGAGACAUAGCGUUGGCGACGCUAAAGUCUGGCAACGUCAUUCCUGGAUUCGGUCACGCGGUCCUGAGAGUUACGGAUCCAAGGUUUUCGCUGCAGCACGAAUUUGCGCUGCGGCACAUCCAGAACGAUCCGCUUUUUAAGCUUCUCGAUGUCGUCCGCGUAGUGGUGCCGGAGAUUCUUUCCGGCAAGGUAUCCAACCCGUACCCCAACGUGGACUGCCACUCUGGAGUCCUGUUGCAGGCAUUUGGCUUGACUCAGGAGCAGUUCUACACAGUUCUAUUUGGCGUUUCCCGAUCCAUGGGAAUUGCAGCGCAAUUCGUGUGGGCCCGUGCCUUGGGGCUACCUAUCGAGCGUCCCAAGUCCGUGACACUUAAAUGCUUAGAGCAACUGUGCGCGGAAGCCAAACACUAA